AUGCAAGGGGAAAGAAUCCUCAAAUCACUUCUAAACGGAGAGACAGAUGGUCUUUAUGAGGAUACGAAGGUAAGUUGAACAAUUACUUAGCUGUUUGCUAAAUUAAUUUACCAAGCUGUAAAAUUAUGGUAGCUUUAUUAAAGACACUUUGUAGCUCAGUUAGCGAAGAUACUUACGAUUUGUAAGGCUACUCACUUUCAAAAACGUUUCCUUGAAUAAAAAUUUAGUUUAUUUCAAAGCGAGCGUCUUGUUACACUCUUUAAUUGCAAGAAUCGAGCGGAUCUACAUGAGCAGGUUUUAGAAUGAGUGUCACUUGAACGCGAACCUCGACUCGUUUUUAAUAUUGUUUGGUGGGACUUGCAGAAUUACCUUCCUCCACUGAAAUGUCCGCUAAAGAACAAAAAUGGCUGCCAAGCAGGAGCCAAAGCUACGGAGGAAACUGUAUCAAAGUACGCCGUUUUUUGUACCAAGUUCCUGAGGUGUGCUAUAGAGACCUUGAAAAAGGUGAAAGCCAAUCAAAAAGGCCUUUUUGAGGUCACAGAUGCCUUGAAACUAGGUAAGAUGAAGCAUGUGAACAUCCUUAGUUGUUGUUUGGGCGUAAGGUCUUUUCUAGCCUGCGAAAACAUCCUUUUCUCCUCGCUCUUCGUAGCUGGGGACGUUUCACGUGGAGGAACGUCUACGACUUAGCGGCAGAAAUUCCAUACUGAUGACGCAAAUCAAUGUUUACAUAAUAAAUCCACUAGUCAUGGGGUUCUAAAUAUAAAUUUGUCCAAUUUUAUGUGUCUUCUGGUCGAUUUUGGUAUACUGUUGUGUUCAUCUACCAACGAGCUCCAGCAAAACUCAAAUACUUCUUCUAGAGAAAACUAUAUUCCACAAAUAUUGACUGUUUUGUUAGAGAUUCCGUGACGUUUACAUUUGACCUUUGUGGCCUUUUGUCUUUUGUCUGUCAACACUGUCCUUCGUAAACAAUAGCUAAAACAAUGUAACUACCCCGUCGACCAAUCAGCGCUUCUGACCGGAUUCCGGACAGAUUUUACGUCAUCAGUAUGGAAUUUCUGUAGCUGAGUCGCAGAAGUUCCUCAACGUGAAACGUCCCCAGCGGCGAAGAGCGAGGAGAAACGGAUGUUUUCGCAGGUUAGGUCUUUUCUGAGUUCUCAAAAUAUGCUUAAUGCUUACUCUGAAAAUGGGGCCAGCUGCAAAACAUUACUAAUGAAAAUGAGUUUUAUUUAUAAUGCAUAGGAAUAAAAAUUUACAUCCUACUUAUUGUCUGCAACUUACUCAGAAAGUAGUCAGUUGUGAUGCUGACAACAGCUUUGCGAGAAUAUUCAUACUCCCAGGCACAUACAACACAUUUCGCAGUGGAAGGAAAUAGCAUUUUCAACGUGUUGCAAGCAGGGCGCAACAAAGUGCUAUCUGAUAAUCCAGGGCCAGUAAGGCUUAAAUAUCGUCAAAUAUAAGUUGUCCAAUUAGCAAACCACAUUUGCUUUAAGUGUGAGAUUAAUAGAGGGCUAUAAAGUUACAUGUAACUUGCAAAUUGUUUUGUUCAUAUUUCAGUGGAGACAAUUCUCAACAACACUUUAUCACUCCAUCAUGGAAUCUACCUGAAGUGUAUUCCUUCAGUAGAUCAGCUUGCAAAAACACUUUACCUUAUUGUUGCUCAGAUCAUUGCCAAGGCACAGUUUGAAAGGGCUCUGGAUCAUGCUAAUGACUUAUAUAAAUUCAUCCAGAUUCUUAAGGCAUGGAAGAGCUACGACAUUGAAAAGAUGGACAAGGAAAUUGGAUCACUUUAUUUACGCUCAUCUGAUUUGUUACUUCAGGGAGGUGGGAAGCUUGAGGAGGCAAAAGUACCUCCAGGGGAACGACCAUCACACUUGUGUGUUGUGUUAGAAUGGAGAAAGCUCUCAUUACUUUUUCAAGCAGAAGCAAAUGUACAUUGUUCACUAAAAUCCUUAGUGGAUAGAACUCUGAAAUGUGGGACAAAAUUUCAAGUGGAUUGUGGGCCCAAGAAUGUUGAUUUUAAAACCUUAGCAAGCUUCUUUCAAACCAUUUUUAGUGCACUCGUGAACAAGCAAGAACAACUGAUAGCAAAUGGACAAGAAUUUACAGUUCUCUUGGCUGAACUUGGAUUUCAUUAUGGCAGAAUUUGUAAUAAGGCUGGAAACUCAACAGAAGCUUUGGCUGUGUUUGAUAAACUGUUGAAAACUGCCGGAAUUGAAAACCAUUUCAAAAAUGGGCAUUUCAAACUACAAAUACCUCCACAAGUUUGUUGCUGUGUGUGUUUAGUCUGCAAGGCAGCUAUUUUGUUUAACUCUACUAUGAAAUCUCAAACUCAAGAAUCUCUUCAGCAGAUGUUAUUCGAAAGUAACCAGCUAAUCUCCCAGAUCCUGAACUGUAGCACAUUACCUUCACCAACGUUAAAACUACUUUCAGACUCCCUGGAGUAUUUCAGAAUUAAUUUGCAUAGUGAAAGUAGCAAAAAGAGUAAGGAGAAAUCAUCCACUUUUUCAUUGAGGACUCUCCAAGGAACAGUACAAGUUCUGCAGUCUUACAUCUCAGUCUUAUCUUUGCAGUGUGAGCGGCUUAAGUCAGAGCUGCUUAAAUCCAAACAUUACGAUAUCGUGGCACAGCUAAAACAACAGGUUCUAAAGACCACAGAACGGCAAAUGACAGUAUUUAAUUUUGUUAUUUCUUCAUAUCAAGAUCAGUUGAAGAAUGAAAAAGAUGCAAAAAGUUCAAUCAGGGAUUCAAGGUCAGUAGUACAGGUAUCACAAAACUUUAAAACAGUUAACAACAGUGUACACACUGUACUUUAAGGAAAGGAUUAUGUUGUGCUUUUAUUUCUCUUUGUUUUGGGGCAUGUUAAUAGAUGAAAAUGAUUGAAAAACAAAGGGAAACAGCGUGCAAAGAAAGUAGCAUCUGAUAGCCCGGGGCUAGUGGAUUUUGCCAUCGGGCUAGUGAAUUCUGUUCUUAACUUGCCCGAUAGGCAAGUGAAGUAUGUUGAGGAAUUCAUCUUACAGAAGAACUAUGAAAUCAAUUCUGCUCAUCAAAAAAUUUGGGGGGCUAGUUGAAAUGACAUUUGGGCUAAUAAAUGCUAGCUUCAGCUUGCCCGAAUGACAAGCUGUAAAAAUGACUUUCUUUGCACCCUGGGAAAUAAAAUUUAAACCAAUGAUAAAUUUAAACCAUAACAUAUAAUGUAACACUAGUCAAACUUUUAUUGCAUAUCCAGUAUCCUAAACUCUCGCCAAUCAGCCCAACGAUUCUUGAAACAAAAUUACAACAUCUCUAGAAUUUGUCUUUUUUGUGUUGCACACAAAUGGGGAUAUACACUGUAGGCAAUAUCUCUGACAAGAUGGCUUUUUGGAGAAGAUGUACUGUAAGUAGCCUGGGUGUGGGGAGGUCCAAAGAGACUGAGAAAAAUCUAGUAAGAAUAUCUAUAAAGAAUAUAGGUGAAUAAAUGAAUGUACAGCUGUUGGUGGACCCGUACAAAGGACUGUAGAGUCAAACAUUUCUGGGUAUCAAUGUUGAAAGAGCUUACUGUAUUGUUAAUGUUAUCACAUUCUUCAUUUAUACUAUGCAGAUGUCAGAUCUUUAAGGACUGUAUUCCAGUAGUGGAACAAGCAAACUCUGUAACUCAUUCUUCCCUUGAUGAUUCAGACAUCCCAUUGUCUUCAAACGAGCUCCGCUGGCUAGGCUGCAAUGUGUACAAUUUGGGCUGUGUGUCAUAUCAGAGAGAUUGCUUUACUGAAGGAGUUCCUCUGUUAGCUAUUGCUUGUGAAGAGCUGAGAGUAUGGUGCUUUAAUGGCAAGAAUGAUGAGGAAAUUCUUACAAGGAUCGUGCAGGUAAUAUGGCCUUAACCCUUGAAAUUUUUCUAACAUACUGUGUGGCAUGAAAUGUUUGCGGGAGUUUGCGACUUUUGUGUUUUGUGGGAACAAACAAUGCUACAGUUUGUGUACCCUACAGUGUAUGUAAAACCAGUAUAACACCUUACUUUUCUUUGUCAUUCGAUUACAGUAACAUCUGGGAUGACUGAUUGUUCUGAUGAUCAAUUGGAAGCAUUUAAGUUGAAAAAUAUUUACCGUGGAGAAAUUUUUUGCAGGAAAAAUGUGUGCUGAAAAAAUCGCAAAAAUUAGAACCCGCAAAAAUUUUGUGCCACAACGUAAAUAAUGUACCAUUUUGAUAAGCCCCAAUAGUGAUUAUUACCAAAUUUAUCCUUAUAAUACUAGUGCUCAUCAAUCAUUGUUUUAAUAUUGGGUAUUAAACAGGGGUUUCAAUAAGCACCAACGACUGACGAAAUGCAUCGGCUACUUUGCUCAGAGCAGUCCGCUACCUUUUUCCCCGAAAAAGAAGCAAUUAGUUUUAAACAUGUCAUAAACAAAAAAAUAUAUCAUUAAAUCUGGAUUAAAACGUAGGUUAAUUAUGAUGUGCUUUCAAGGUCCACUGAUGUAUUAUGCUUUCGUUACAUCAGAAGCACUUCUGGUUACACAAAAGCUGUAUUUCAGUCAAAUGUUUCCAAGUUUCUUUGUAGGUUUUUGCAGAAUUUGUUUAUGUGCAAAUGUACUUAAUUUUGAAUAAUGACAUUUGUUCAUUGUUUGUACCACAAAGUGUCUCCAUGGAAACUGGUAACCUACGUGCAACCGCUGACACCCCAGAAGAAAUUGCAGACACUUUUAAUAACUAUUUCACUUCAGUGUUCUCUGUUCCUCAAGAGGACAAAGUAGAUAGCAGCACAGGGAAAUUCCCUGCCGCAGAACCCCCCUUUAGCAAUAUUGUGUUGCACGUCGGCGAAGUUGAGGCUGUCCUUAAAUCACUAGACCCAAACAAAGCCACUGGUCCAGAUGAGAUCCCGGCUAGAAUCCUAAAGGAAACCCCCACUACUAUUGCUCCAUCACUAUGCAAGCUGUUCAGCAGGUCUCUGGGGGAAGGCUACAUACCGUCUGAGUGGAAAUUGGCCAAUGUAGUGCCUGUCUAUAAGAAGGAUGAAAAAGAUCAUGUUGAAAACUAUAGGCCUAUCUCCCGACUUUGCAUUAUUUCUAAAGUCCUUGAACAUUGUGUCUUGAACCGCAUCAAUGACCGAUUAGAAGAUCUGAUUGCGGACUGUCAGCACGGGUUUCGGAGUGGACGUUCAUGUGUCACAAAUCUACUGGAGACCCUAGAUUACAUCGGUGCUAUUCUUGAUAGAGCUGGUCAAGUAGUUUGUGUGUAUUUAGACAUGUCCAAAGCCUUUGAUAAGGUUAGACAUGACCUCCUUAUGGAAAAACUGCGGGAUGCUGGCUUUGGAGGGAACCUGCUCACAUGGUUUCACGCGUAUCUCUGUGGCAGGCGCCAACGUGUCACCGUACUAGGCAAGACAUUACGUGGCCUACCUGUCACCUCUGGAGUCCCACAGGGUUCAAUACUCGGACCUGCUCUCUUCUUUUUAUGUGUGAACAGCCUUCCAGAUUCUAUCCUCAAUAGCAAAGUGGCAAUGUUUGCAGAUGACACUAAAGUAUACAAGGUAGUGAUGUCUGAGGAUGAUGGCGCCGCUCUCCAACAAGAUCUGGAUAAUCUGUCUUCAUGGUCCGCUGCCUCUGGCCUAGCCUUCAGUGAUAAGAAAUGCCAGCUUCAGACCAUUACGAGGAAGCGCAAGCCCAUCUGUACGAACUACGAGGUUAACGGCAGUACCAUCAAGUCCUGUGAGGUACAGCGUGACCUUGGCAUCUCCUUGGACUGUGACUUGACUUGGCACACCCAAGUCUGUCACCAAGCUGCACGCCCAAACAAGUUGUUAGGUUUCGUUAGGAGGAACUCUAGGUUUAUUCACAGUACUUCUGUAAGGUGCACAUUAUACCUCGGGCUAGUUCGUGCUUAUCUUGGCUACGCAGCCCAGGUCUGGGCGCCCCAUGGCAGUGAACUACCGGUAAUUUCUAAACUCGAAAGUAUCCAAAGACGUGCACCAAAUUCGUUCUUUGCUUGCCUUUUUUAACAAAUAUCUCUUACAAAGAAAGACUAAUGUCUGUAAACCUACUUCCUGUGUGCUACCGGCACGAGUUGCUAGAUCUAGUAUACUUUUACAAGGUUACACAUAAUAUGAUUCACUUAGAUCCGUCUUUUGUUCCCUUUGUGCGCGAAUGCACGCGAAGGACCUGUAUAUCUGUAAUGAGCUCUCAAUCUUUUGUGCCUAAAAAAUGCAGGACUUGUACCUUUCAGAAAUCUUUUUUCAUUAGAACCACUAGAAGCUGGAACCUGCUUAUUACUAGACUUGAACUAGAUAAUGUUACUUCUGAGAACUUUAAAUCUGUUCUUUACGGUUAUUACUCGCGGGCUCUAGCAAUAAACUAUGACCCGGACUCUCCAAGGAGCUUCAAAAGUAUUUGCUUGAAAUGUAACACAGCCAGGUUUUUAGACCAAGAAAUUAGCUGCUGCAUGUGAUUUAAAUUGCUACUUUUAUAUCUUUUUUGGGUCCGCAGUAAUUGGCUUUUGCUGUUGCGGUGUCCCUGCCCAAAUAUUUAAGUUAUUGUUGGUGUAUUGUUACAUUCUUGUUACUAGUGUUUGCAUAUCUUCCGAGUUUUUUUUGUAUUCUUCAGGGCAAAGCUAAUAAAAUAAAAUAGAAUAAACAGAGUUGAUUGUGUGGCUGUGAAACCUGAAUGAAAACUUUAUUUUUUUGCUUAAAAAGCACUCCCUUGUGUUCUCAAUUUAGUCCCCGGAACACUGGAAAUCGCAUUUUAGGGCUUUGAAAUUUCAGCCCCAGAACCCCCUUGAAGAAAGGGACUAACGACCCCUUGUUGAUACAGUCGGUUACUCUAUUCAAACGUGCUGGCUACUUAAAUUAUUAUUGAAACCCCUGAUUAAAUACUUGUGAUUCAUUUUUUUUGCAUUGUGCAUAAAAUACCACAUCAGUGAUUUUCUCUUUUUCUGAGAAAUGGAAGCAAACACUUGUGAUGUUGACCCACCAGAUGGGUCUUACAGUAAUCUGUCCUGUCAUGCCAUCGUUAAUAUUAUAACUGAUUUCUUAAAUUAGGUGAAGCUCCUAACAAAAUUUGCACUGCUGACUGACUGUCAGCGACGAGCCAAACAGAUGGCUGGUGCACUGACAACAGCUACCACUCAGGUUCUUAUAACACUUCAAACUGGUUCUGAUGCAAAUGUCUUGAGGCAGCAGAUCAAACAAUGGACCACAGUGAAACAUGAGCUGGUGAAAAGUAUGCAAGAUGAAAAGAAACAGGCUGAAAGAUCAAGGUUUGUCAUGAAUUUUCGUUAAAAAAUUAAUUUUGAAAAGCACACACGCACCACUGGUUGAGAAUACAUGAAGAUGUCAUAUUUUAUUACAAAUGCAUGAAUCCUUCAGUGAGGUGCCCUUAGUCCAAAUACAUUAUGUCAUGUCUUACCUGUCUUUCUAUUUUUCUCUGUUUGCUGUAGAACCCUGUGCAGUGUUUUAGCAGAACAGAAAGAUGCUGAAGAUGUUGACAGCGGUCAGCUUUGUUUAGUUCUUCAGGAAGAGCUUGCUUCUUACAAGGCAAAGAAGUAAGUUUCCCAAAAAGACAGACAUCACAAGGUUUCUGGACCUGUCGCAGAAACAGGGAAAGAGUUCCUCUUUCAUUACCAUACAAUCGUGUAUGAACCAGAUCCUGAGAAAAAAAUAUUACAGUCAAACCAGGAAAACCGUGAACACCAGAAAUUUUUCCGGAAUGCUAUUGUCUUGCAAGAGAAAAGCCAAUCAGCCAUGAGAAAACUAAACCACAAGCAAGAACGUUAGUUAGUUUGUGGUUUUGUGGCCAGUUCACAUGUCCUGAUCUUUGUUGUGAUUGGUCGUAACACAAUAACCAUUUUUGAGGUAUUUCAAGUGUUCAUAGUUUUCCCGGUCACACUGUAAGGUCAUGUGAAAGUACAGUGUACAUGUGCAUGUAUUAUUGUCGGGACUGUCACUAAGAAACAGGGGCCAGGGAUUUCCCCUGGCGACUAUGAGCAUGAGCCCCAACUUCUCUCAUAGGAAACAAAAGUAAAAUACAUAUGUAGAACCAAAAGAACUUCCUAACUGUACAAUUCCCCUCCUACUAAUGACAUUUAGUAAAAUCUAACUAGUGGUCUAUUAUCAAUGCUACGUUCUGAUUGGUUGAGCUACUACAAGGCUAUAUGUUAUAGCCCACUUGUUAGCGAAAAGUGCGGGCUUUUUGGCGGCAAAAAAGGAUUGAAGUCUAGCUUUUACUAGCUAAAAUUUUUUUAUUCUACAAAUUUUUGACCAACUAGUUGGAUUUUACUAAAAGAAUCAUUCCUCUCGGCCUCAUGGCCUCUGAGUCAAUAGCCCAUUCGGCCGUCAGCCUCAUGGGCUAUUGACAUCAGAGCCCAUUGGGCCUCGAGGAAUAAUUGUUAAGUACCCAAAAACUUUACAUGUAUGCUGAUGAUGAGGUUCAUAAAAAAGAUCUCUUGUAUUUCAUAUACUGUACUCAGUCUCCCAAAAAUGUAUUGUCCUUUAUACAUGUGUAUUCAAUUGUCAUUUGAGGGGUUCAUUUGAACCCAGGAGUCACUUCAUAAGUAGGUACAAUAUGAUUGUCGGGGUGAGUGUUGUCAUGAAUAUAAUAGGACUGUUGCUGACUCCGACAAAGAUGAUCCUGGGUUAUCCUUUAUCCCAAUUCUGUUUUGAAUCACUCUGGCCAAUUGAUAUUGUACACUAUUAAGUGGUCUAUUUUUUCUCAUAUUUCUAGUUAUGACACCACGAUGGAGCAACUUUCUGUCAUCAAACAGCUUAUGGAGCUGUACAUUAUCCAAGAUGAUGAGUUUCAUUAUGGUUCAGUGAUGCUUGAGUUUGGUGUGGCACUUCAUGACCUUGGAGACAAAGAUCUUGAGGAGGAGAAGUGA